AUGCCUGCUUUAUACAACAAGACACCGCUUUUGCCCAAAAACUUGUCUGGCGGUGAUGGACCGACCUUCCUAUUCAAGUACGAAAACAUGCAACCCGGUGGUAGCUUUAAGAUCAGGGGUGUAAGCCAUCUAAUUGAAAAAAGAGUGGAACAAAUUAAGUCUGAAGGGAAGAAACCACCUCAUGUAUUUUCCAGCUCCGGGGGGAAUGCUGGGCUUGCUGCGGCGACUGCCUGCCACAUUCUAUCAAUUCCCUGUACGGUCGUCGUCCCUACACUCACUAAGCCAAGGAUGGUGGAAAAAAUUAGAAAAGCAAACGCUGAAGUUAUUGUGAAGGGUUCCAAUUGGAAGGAAGCAGAUGAUUAUUUGCGGGGUACAGUCAUUGCCUCAAACAAUGCCGUGCAACCCAUAUACGUCAAUCCUUUCGACGAUCCUCUGCUAUGGGAAGGGCACUCCACUAUGAUUGAUGAAAUACUAAACGCUCUUAACCAAGAAAAUAUAAAAUUGGAUGCAGUAAAAGGAAUAGUCUGCAGUGUCGGAGGCGGGGGGUUGUUUAAUGGUAUUGUCCACGGACUGGAAAACCACCAACUUGCAUGCACUAUUCCAGUGGUUGCCGUUGAGACAAAAGGAUGUGAUGUGCUUGGCCUUUCCCUAGCGGCUGAGAAACCAGUGCGGCUCAAUAAGAUUGAUAGCAUCGCAACUUCUCUGGGUAGUUCUUAUGUAUCCUGUCAGGCAUUUGAUAACGCGGUAAAGUUUAAAUCUAGGUCGGUGGUUUUGCAUGAUUCUGAUGUCUUGAAUACAUGUUACAGAUACCUUGAUGAUUUCAAUGCAAUUGUAGAGCCAGCAUGCGGUGCAACCAUUCAUACCGCUUACCAUUAUAAAAUUUUGGAAAAGGCGUUAGGCCAGAAAUUGACCCCCAGCGACAUCAUAAUCAUUAUUGUAUGCGGUGGGUCAUGUGUUACUAUUCAAGAUUUGGAAAAUGCUAAAAGAAAACUAGACACGGAUUGA